CAAAUGUUACACAUUUAAUGGAGCUAACCAUACAAUCUCCAAUCCUAGCACAAAUAUCACAGGCCCUAAAGGUGGACUGAGUUUAGUCUUGUUCCUUGAUGCGGAUGAAAGCUCACAAAUUUACAACCCAGAUUAUCCUACAAGUGGGAGUCAAGGUGUAAGAGUUGUUAUCCAUGAAAAGGGGACUUUUCCAGAUCCAGAAAAUGAUGGGUUUGAUAUUGAGCCAGGACAUUCAGUGAAUGCUGCAUUGACUGUAAAUCAACGACAGCUGUUGAAACCACCAUGGGGUAAAUGUGCGAAUUAUGAUGCUGAAGUAUACGGUGGCUUCACUUACAGGAAAAAACUUUGUCAACUAAGCUGUACACAGAGAUUCAUCUACAAAACAUGUGGAUGCAUCAAAUCCUCUUUACCUGUCGAUAAGGAAACAGCCCAUAAAGAAUAUUGUCUAAAAAUUCAUGCUCAAGAAUGGUUAAAGCUAAACUUUAGUCAGGGCAAUCUAACUAUAAUUCGGAAUGACUUGAAAAAGCUGCGUUGCCAAAAUCAUGAAUACCCCUCCUCAGAUAUUCUUGCCCAAGAUGGUUGCAAAUGCCGAGAAAAGUGUAUGUAUCAUACAUAUGAUAUGACACUCUCCCAGGCAGAAUGGCCAAUGAGGGGUGUUGAGAUAGAAUUUUACUGUCGCUUAAUCAUGACUGCAGACAACUACAUGAACUCAAGCAUCUAUGAUACAUUUCACAACAUCUCAGAAUAUUGUAAUUUCGCAAAACCAGAAAAUGAAAGUAAAAUACUUCGAAAAAUGUAUGGCGAUACAUUGCGACAGAAUUUCAUUCGAUUGAAUGUCUACUUCAAGGAUAUAGAGAUGAAGGUAAUUAAACAGGCUGAAGACUUUACAAUAAAUUCUAUGAUUUCUGAAAUAGGAGGUAGUUUGGGAUUCUUCGUUGGUAUGUCCAUCAUUACAAUUGCAGAAAUAUUCUUACUGUGUUGGAACAUUGUAGGAGUACUAAAGAAAAGGGUUACUGUUUCACCUGAACAUCAGGGGAAUGAAGCUACCCAGAAAAGUGCAUCUCACAUAUCAAACCAUUCUAAUAAUUCUGGGAAGUGAGAAAGGUAUGAAAUGGUAGAAACACUCUACAAAAAGUUACUUAUUUAUAAACUGGUAGCAUUUAGAAUAUUUGUCUAGCAACUGACUCAUAUGCUUGCCAAAACUGCAGGCCACUUAUAAAUGCUUGUACCUUUUACUUGUGUGGCUGAUUAAAUGGAGUGAUUCACAAUGCA